AUGCCCCAACUGCACAGACCCAGGAGAAUAGGCUGCGCCGAGAGCCCCCCGGAGGUCUUUCCGGAGGAAGCCGAAGGAGGCGCCGGGCACGCCAACCCUGCCUAUUCCAGCGGGGAUGAAAAAGGAGAACCCUCCCAAGGGAACGACGCGGCGGCGGCGGCGGGAGACGAUGAGGACCAGCCGCUCCUGAGGGGUAUUUUUGAGAUCAAGAAGAAGAGCUGCGACGUGGUGCUGAGCGCCCAGAGGCUUAGCUGGAGCCCUAUCACGCCUGAGAGCCCCCUAGGACAUUCCAGUAUUGGUUUACAGCGUCAGGAAGAAUCUGUUGAAAUGAAAGAUGUAUUUUCCGUAAAAUUGAAACGUCGUCGUUUUGCUGGGCAAGAAAGAGGAGGCACACUAUUAGGAAUUGCUAUUUUUGUGUGUCUAAAAAAAGAAGGCAAUAAACUUAAAGAUGCCACCAUCAAUCUAGGUAACAUAAGUGAAGACCAUUGUUACUUAUGGUAUAGAUCUGUGAAGACCAUUUUGACGGGGUUUCCAAAUCGGCCAAAGUCAUUAAAAGUAUUUAUCAAUCCAACUAGCCAUAAAAAAGAAGCUACUCGGAUUUAUUAUGAGCAAGUUGCUCCCCUCUUCAAACUGGCUGACAUCAUGACUGACGUUACUGUUACUAAAUAUGAAGGUCAUGCUCUUACACUGCUCAAGGAAUGUGAUCUAAAUUCUUUCCAUGGGGUGGUUUGUGUUGGUGGAGAUGGCACUGUCAGUGAGAUUGCUCACGGUCUUUUGGUUAGAGCCCAGAUGGAUGCUGGAAAGAACUGUGAUAAUGCACUUGUACCAGUCAAAUCACAACUUCCACUUGGGAUAAUACCAGCAGGCUCCACUAAUAUUUUGACACAUACUCUGAAUGGAAUCCAACAUACACAAACAGCAACGUUGCAUAUAAUAUUGGGGCAUCUAAAGUCAGUGGAUAUGUGCACCUUCAGUAGCCCUAUCAAGCUACUUCGCUUUGGAUUCUCUUCUAUGUUUGGCUUUGGAUCAAGGACUCUAGCCUUGGCUGAAAAGCAUCGCUGGAUUCCACCAAAUCAGCGCAAAGAUUUUGCUGUAAUCAAGACCCUAGCAAGCCUCAGACCAGAAGAUUGUGAAAUAUCAUUCCUCUCAUCGAAGCAUCUACAGCAAGAUGCACAAGAAAAUGAUAGAAGGAAGGAAGGGAGACUUAAAUCAGACCGCACAGGUGAAUGGCAGAGAAUCGAGGGUCACUUCCUGAACGUGAGCAUUAUGGCGAUCCCUUGCCUCUGUUCAGUGGCACCAAGAGGCUUGGCUCCUAAUACCAGAUUGGAUGAUGGAAGCAUAGCUCUUAUAACUGUAAGGAAUACUUCCCGGCAAGAAUUCAUUAAACAUUUGAAAAGAUAUGCUAGUCUGAAAAACCAGUUCAGCUUUCCUUUUAUUGAUACUUACAUUGUUGAAGAAGUAAAAGUCUGUCCAAGAAUUGGAAUGAAACGUAUCCCUGCAGAUAAUCUAAAUUGCAUAGAUUCUGAAGAAAAUACAUUUCCCUGGAAUAUAGAUGGAGAUUUAGUGGAAUGGGCAUCAGAAGUUCAUAUCCGGAUACAUCCCCAGUUGAUUAAUCUAUAUGGAGGAAAUGUUGUUAUUUUGGAUAAUCUUAAAGAAUCCUGCAGUUGUAUUUAGAAAUAAUCUAUGAAGAGAAAAUUUACCUACUUUCUACCCCAAUCAUAUUGAUAUGACAAAAAUUGCAUAAGGACACGGAAGCCCAGAUGAUUCAAGUUAGAAGUAUGCUGUGUAUCUCAAGAUUCAACUCAACAAAGUUCAGAGUCAUGGGAAAAUACCCACUUUCUUAUCGGGACAAUUGCUGUCACUUUCACCUUCAGGUGAAAGUGAAAGCAUAUUUUGUGAUUCCUGUUUUGGGUUUUGUAAGCAAAUCGCACACCUAUAACUUUGACAAAUUUUCAGGAAUAUUAAAUAAUUAGGGGACAAUACCUGCCCAAUUUAAAAAUAAUAAUGUAGAAGUCAUUUAUUCUAUGUUAGGGAAGUUGGCUCUUUCAGUUCUAAAAUGAUUUUAAGUUCCUGUGUGUAACUUCAUUGUUUUCAGACAAAACUAGAUGGUACUUAUCCCUAAAAUUGCACCAUCAUUUUUAGACAGCUAGGUCAAAGUGAUGAAAGGAGGAAAACAUUCACUGACUGCCCCCGAGUGGAUGGUGUCCUGUACACAGGGAAUGAUCUGACUUGCCUGUACUAUACCAGGGCUUUUCAAACUGUAUUUCAUGGAAAUCUAGCAAUCUGCAAGAAUGUACUAUGUCAUAGUUCCACAAGAGACUAAAGCAUUGCUGCCCAAAUUGGAUCAAAGUAUUUUCUCCCCCUUUGGGUAACCCAUAAACCCAUUACCCAAUCACAACAGGGACAUUUAAAUAAACCUACAUUGGGUAAAAAAUAAACCAAAACCCUUUAUGAUAAAGAGUUUUGAGGUAAUGAAGGGAAAAGUUUUGAAAGCACUGUACCGAAGGCAAAAUGAAAAUUCAUUUUAACACAGCCAGUUUUCUAUCACUGAGCUUUGCCUCUUGAUCAGGAGUUCCAGAUUUGGUUCAGGUCUUUUAGUAGUUGAUUAUAAUGAAUGAACUCAUUACAUUAAACUGGGCAUUCACCUGACCUUUUUAGAACAUCUUAAAAAUUCCUUUCUAAUAAUUCACAAAUUACAGGAUGGUUAAUAUAUAAAAUUAUUACCCAGUUUUUAAUUGAAAAAGAAAUAUAUCUGCAUACCACUGUGAACAUUUUUCAGUUUGUUCUUUAAAGCAAAACAACUAAAAUACUUAGCUAUGAAUUGAAUUAUAAUUUUACGUGAGUAAAUAAAAUAAAAGUUGAAGUUGGCACAUCAAUUAGACAUGCCCAACAUAGUUUUACUGGCAACCAUUAGGCAGAUUUUGGCUGGUUUUUGAAAUAGGAAUCAGUGUAUUUGUACAUUGUGGCCUUAUAUUA